AUGGUUCGCAAUGGCAGCCCAGCACCGGCGGACAAGUUCCCGCUCGGCCAUGCAGCGAAUUCCCCACAGCCGCAGCCUUCGAAGCGCGACAAGCGGCGCAACAUGCUGGCCGAGAAGCUCUCUGAGAUGAUGGCGACCUUCUCAGACAACCGCGACAGUCACUACCGAGCCCAGCUUGCGGCGCUGCAGGCCGACAUCAACCUCAUCAUGAAGGCCGAUCCCUACAAGAACGAGCCGCUGGAGGACAAUGGGCAAGAGGCCUCGGAGCUGAUCGCACAGAUCAUGGGCAGCAACGUCCCCACCGCUCCCAGCGCCGGCACCGACUACGUCGCGCAGUGCGGGAAACACUACUCGCGCUUCGUGGACGCCGUCAACGACGCCAUGGAGGAGCGCGACUACAACCUCACGAUGCUCUAUAACAAGCAUGAGAACAGCAACAUCGACAUCGAGAACGCGCACCACUACAAAGUCAAGAUCGCCGAGGAAGAGCACAAGGCCCUUGCAGAGACGAUCCGCGAGCGCCUCAAGGCCAGCAUACAGCAGCGCUCGAACAGGCUGAAGCGCGAGAAGGAGCAGCUCGACAUCUCAGACAGCAACGCCAUGCUUCUGCACCCCAACCAGUUCAGCAUCGGGCACCCCGCCAGCCCUGGCGGCCCCCAAGCACCGCGCAAGACACGACGGACCGGACAAAAAUUUGGCGGCGAAGUCGACGAGGCCGCAGCUGCCGCAGAGAAGUCUCGCAAGCGUAAGCUGUUUGACGAGAACGAUAUUGACUCGCCUGGACCCUCUGGCCGCCCCGUCGAGAUGGGCAACGCCUCGCCUUUCCGCGAAGCCAAGGCGCGCACUAUGCACAUGCAGUUCGAGGCCUCGGCCUACUCGCUCGAUCGCCUCUUCACCGAGAAGGAACUCAACAUGGCCAUGACGAACGCGACGAACGCAGCCUCGCACUUUUUCGCCAAGAUGAAGACCAACGAGCCCACCAACGCCGAGGCCACAGCCAACGGCCAUGCGCACACGAACGGCGACCACGCUUCCGAGAAUGGCGAUCUGCCGGACGCAGACCAGGACUCUGACGAAGUCCCCGGCGCAGUAGACAUGGCUCGCCAGGUCUCCUCGAACCCACAUGCAACUCGCGGCGCCACCCGCUCCACCACCUCGAUCACGAACGGCCAGAUACCAUUUAUAUACAACCCACCGUUCGUCCUCGACCAGAAGAUCUUCCAAAAGGUCAACGCCUCGGCGCCCACACCACCACCACUCGCCCCACAAGACGUCGACCAGGAUCUCAAGCUGAUGCUGAGGGAAGCCCGGCCAGACGACGAGCUGAACGAGCGACUCCUGCAAGCCGCGUGCCAGCCAGUCAAGAUGAGGGACUACCAAGUACAACCUCCAGGGUUCACAGAACCCGUCAACGAGAUCACAUCCCACGUCCGAACGCUCGUUCCACAUCUCGAGGUCGGCACGGGCGGCGUGCCCAUGAGUGCGCAGAGCAGCAUGGCCGGAUACAGUGACGCUGGGAACAACACACCACUCGGCAGGUCCGGCGAGGCAAGCACAGGGUAUGGCGGCACCGUGCCAAUGGCCAGGACGGCGAGCGGGAGAGGGCGCGGCAGAGGACGAGGGCUGGGCUAG